AUGGACAGUAGCCCAAUGACUCCCAUCCACACACCUCCAAAGCGGUGCAAACAAACCAAGUUAAGGGCUGCUCUCGAGUCUGUUUUCUCACAAUUCGAACUUACAGAGGAGACGAACCAUUACAGUAGAUGUAAAUUUGGAACAGGGCACCACUAUACUCAAUUCAACGACGGCUGCGAGAUGUACCUUAAUGAUGAUGGGAUUGGUAUCUACGUGGACAUAACGGGGCUACGUUCGCUCUACAUUCGCCCCCAAAAGGAUCAGAAAGCAAUGAGGCAGAGAAUUGAACAGGAAAUGAGGGACGCCUCGGAUCUCGAACGGUUGAGGUACAAAGUUCGAGGACUUUUCGCCGAACGGGCGGUAAAAGAACUCGGAAUAGACAAGCUCGGAAGAGGUGUCUUGCAACGUUAG